AUGUUAUUUUCUGGUCAAAAUAAAGUAUGAAGACAUGUGUCAAUUGCCUUGCUUUUUUCAGGAAACUAUCAUUGCAUUGUCUUCUUUUAGAAUAUCUGGUAGGAGUUCAAUGGGAUCUCCAGGAAAUUCUAAUAUUCCACACUUUCUAUUUUUUCAAAGUUUCUUUCAAAGUUUCCAGACAACACAGGAGCUACCAUUGACCUGUUUCCGGGUUUACUAAAAGUAGAGUGUAAUGAUAUUUUCCUGAAAAAAGCAAGGAAAUACACUCAUGCUUUCAUACUUAAUUUUGUACCAGAAAAUAACAUGUGCAGGUAUAGUAAUUUUUUACCAAAAUGUUACUUUCCAGCUGAACUUAAAUUAUUUUAAAGUAAUUAUAACAUGAGAGCUGUGAAAUGUACGAGAUGGAAAAUAAGUUUAAUAUUCAUUGCUAUAACAACGAGUGUAGUUCUAUUAUGUAUGCAUGCAUUUUGGACAAAUGAUAUUGUUAAAAUUGAGGAACCUCUGCAGAAUUAUGAAGUGAGACAUAAAAUGAAGGACACAUCGUCUGUUUCUCGGUGCAACAAAUCCUCAAAGAAUUUGAUUGGUUAUGAAAGUGACAACCGCGAUAAAGCACUUAUUAUUUACAGUGAAAUGCCGAAAUGUGGCAGUGGAACUUUUGUUAGAAUCUUAAGUGAUGUUUGCAAAUACUCAAAACAUUACCGCACGAAAUACACAUGGCCAACUCCUAGUCCUGUUGAGCUGCAAAGCGUUGAAAGUAAACAAAAGUAUGUAUCAUCAAAAAUUCUACCACUAAGGCCGUACAUUUUCAUGGGACAUUUAUCUUUCCUUGAUUUCAUUGAAUUGGGAUACAAGCAACCAUUGUACAUUGAUAUUGUACGAGAUCCAGUGGAACGAUGGAUAUCCCUGUACUACUACAAGCGUGUUUCUCCUUUUCCAUAUAAAAAGAUUGAACCUUACGCGAAAGGAAAGAAACCGAACAAUGGACAAUUGCAUGAAAAUUUGGAUUUCUCUGACUGGCUGUUUGGGCAGGAGCAUCAAAGCAACCGCAGAUUGUUUAAAAACAAAGCCAUAUAUGGGUUGUAAAGAUGAGAAGAUUGUAUCCAGCUACCCAACAUGGUUUUCUGGACAAUACAUAAACUCUUCGUUGAUGUCGCUUCAAAGAGCUAAAACGAACAUCGAGAAGUAUUAUACUUUUAUAGGAAUAACCGAACAUUUUGAAGAAACACUCAAAGCAAUGGAAACAAUCCUACCAAGUUUUACAAAUGAAUUCACGAGAAUGUUCAAAACUACUAGAAACCAAAAUGUUGGACAUAACAAAGUAAGACCUAGCGAUGAUAAUAUUGAUGUGAUUAAAGAAUUGUUAUCAGACGAUUAUGAACUGUAUGGGUUCAUACGUCAACGGUUUUACAAACACAUAAACUGUUUAGCUAUUAAUAUUACCAAGCACUGAUAACAUAUAUUACAAGCAAUCUCUAUUUCACUUUUUUGAAAAACUUUUUUGAAUUUUUAGUGAAUAUUUCCAAAUGUAAAGUCAUAAUAAUGCAUAAUGCUCAUCUGCAUGCUUUGGGGACCAGGUCUAAACAUGAAAGUACAUGAUAAUUCAAGAAAUGGCAAGACAAGUUAAACAAAAUUGGAUGACAGUUUAACUCGA